AAAACAAAAGCGCUGGCUAGUGCAGGAUAAAGAUACACUACUUGCGACUCUCCGCUCUAGACACCGCAUCAUUAGCGAAUUCAGCUAGUUAGCUGUUUAUUUUUUGACAAAAUGUCAACUACGACCGGCGGCGGAGAGUUUGGCAACCCUCUACGAAAGUUCAAGCUCGUCUUUCUGGGUGAACAGAGUGUUGGGAAGACAUCGCUCAUCACCAGGUUUAUGUAUGACAGUUUCGACAACACUUACCAGGCAACAAUUGGCAUCGACUUUUUGUCAAAAACCAUGUACCUAGAAGAUCGCACGGUCCGGCUCCAGCUCUGGGACACUGCUGGACAGGAGCGUUUUCGUAGCCUUAUUCCCAGCUACAUCCGUGACUCUACCAUUGCCGUGGUUGUUUAUGACAUCACCAAUCUUAAUUCAUUCCAGCAAACCUCAAAGUGGAUUGAUGAUGUUAGAACAGAGAGAGGAAGUGAUGUCAUUAUCAUGCUCGUUGGAAACAAAACAGACUUAGCGGAUAAAAGACAGAUCACCACGGAGGAGGGCGAGCAGAGAGCUAAGGAACUGAAUGUCAUGUUCAUUGAAACCAGCGCAAAGACUGGCUACAAUGUCAAACAGCUGUUCCGUCGUGUUGCUGCUGCGUUGCCUGGGAUGGAUAGCACACCAGAGAAAAGCAAAGAGGACAUGAUCGACAUUAAACUGGAGAAACAGCCAGAGAUGACUGUCACCGAGAGCAGCUGCUCAUGCUAGUACACCUCACCCUCACCUAGCCUGUCUCCUCCCCACCAACAGCUUGUCUCUCAGUGGCCACUCUCUCCACCCUUGGCACACUGCCAUAGGGAUGGAGGACCUGUCUUUUUUUCCCCCUUUUCAACUCAGUGACUUUUCAGAGUAACCGUGUGGAUGUGCAUUACCGUAUUGAAACAGAUUAUCUGGGAAAAAAUGGUUCAGAAGUAAACGUUUAAAACAAGGAAUAAGUUCAAUGAUAUGUUCAGAUUUUCAUCCAGUUGCAUGGCAUUAUAUGGAAUUGCAGACUGACAUAGCUAACCGCUCAUGAGUUAUUGCACAGUUCGGAAUUUUAGUGCUGUUACUCUUGUCAUUGUUGUAAGGUAAAACUGCUUGGGAUUAUUUAAAUGACUCUGCAAGGUUGAGUUCUCAGCCCAUUGUAUUCUACUUUUUUAUUUUAAAUGGAGAGUUUGCCUAAAACUAUUAUCUCUCAGAUAACUGAGUGUGUCUUUGUCUUAUUUUGAGGAGGUAGGGCCAGGAUCUUACCAGUGAAUUUACAUUAUUGCUAACCAUCAUAUUACCAUAUUAGGCUUAAAAGGAUCCUUUUCACGGAAGAGAGUCAGUGGUCCAUUGAUUAGGUAUUAUUUAUACCUAACACAUCGGUAGGGUUCUACUGCCAGUAAAACAGUGUGUUAGUGGGCCAAAUGUAUGUAAUUUGAGACCUUAAUUAAAACAGUAAUGCAAAAGAUAUGCAACUAACCAACUAAUGAGGAAAUCGAUAUCAAUUUCCAUCAAAGGGAAGCCAUCCCAAGUUCAUUAGAAUAGCUACUAACCUGAAGCUAUGUCUGCAUUAAAAUGAUAGCAACUGUCUUUCCAAUGUUGUUAAAUUAGCUGCACGCAUACUAAGAUGUCUGAGUAGGAGUUUCUGUUAUUAGAAGGAACAAGGAAAUAUUUUUUAAAAAGCCAGUGUUUACUUUUUCCACGCUGAUGGAAAGUUGUCACUUUGGUCGCUAUGAUGUACCCACGAACCCAUUGAUCAUUUGUGUUGUGUUGAUUACACUAUUUGCAAGAACAUGCAGCAUGCUCACCAUGCAGGAUUUAUAUGGAUAAGAACACAGAUGCCUUGCUUGUUUGUUCACCAACGUUGUGCACUGAAUCAAGCCACAAUAUUGUAAAAUAUAACAGAAGCCUGCUGACUGGUUCAUGGCUUCAUUCCUUGUUUCGUAGAGCUGGUAGGUAAGACUUUGUCCUCGGAUACAGCUAAUGCUUACUAACACCCUUGCUGUAAAAAGUGCAGAGAAGUUAGUUGCAGUAUCCUUUGCUGUAUUGCUAUUGCCUGUGUAAGACUGUUGGUUUUAUGUGUUUUAUUUAUUUUGUAACAUGGACAUACAGAUAACAUUGUUUGCUUGACCAAAAGUGCAGAUGCUGACACGCAUGUUGAAAGUUUAUUUUAUUUAUUUGCGUGUCUGCUGGGACUCCACCUAAAGGCGACUUUUUUCUUUGUCACACUGGUAGGAAUUACAUUUUUGCAGUGUGUGUGUGUAGUCGGUAGCUUGAUUUACAGGUAAAGGCUGCAGCUUUUCCAGAUGCGCAAUCACACACAAACACAGUGUAACACAAACGAACUAACUUGCCAUAGCACAACAAAAGACAUUGGUCAUUUGCUGUAGCUUGUUUUUAAAAUGUCUUAAAACAUUUAAUGGAUUUUAAGUGUUUAAUUACAUCGAACAACCAUUUUAACAUGAGCAGCUCUUCUAUUACUUGUCACUGAUUAAAUACUCAGCUUUGUGCUAUUCUGAAUUGUGUCUGUCCAUUUGAAAUAUGCUGUCUACUCGUGUUUAGCAACGUUUGUGUGAAUAAUGUACUAUUACAUUCUGAUGUAUAAAAAUGAGAGUUAAUGAAACACAAGUGUAGGCCUAUCACAUGGAAUAAAAUAAAGAUAUUUCACCAAACAUUUAA